AUGGCGCCAAGCGGCCACAAUACACCGCGUGGCAGUAUUGUUACCUCAGUUGUAGCACCGGGAGAAUAUAUUCAUUUCGAUCUACGAUCACAAAUAUUGAAAGAACUGUUGAACUCUUGUUAUAUGACUAGUGACUUGUCAGACUUGCAAUUAGACAUUCAUACAGACAGAUGUGCUUUAGAUAAGUCUGGAUGUAUUCAUGUCUGGCCUAUUCAGUGUAGAAUUGCAAAUCUGCCAAAUAGCAAGCCAAUCGUUGUAAGUGUUUAUAAGGGUAAGCAAAAACCAUCUGACUCAAAUAUUUUCUUUAAAAAACUUAUCACCGACAUUGGGUGUCUUAUUUCUUCUGGUGGCAUUACUUUUAAUAGUUCCACGGUACCAAUUACAGUACGAAACUUUAUAGCUGAUGCACCAGCUCGGGCAUUUGUACUUAAUCAUGCCGGACAUGAGUCUUUCAAACCUUGUUCGAAAUGUACAAUUCGUAGCGUUAAAGCAGAUGGUCGCACUGCCUUCACCGGUGUUGAUCACUCUCUACGUACCGAUGACGAAUAUGUUAGAUGUGCAGAUGAACAACAUCACAAAGGUGUAAGUCCUUUAUCUCUGAUACCAAUGGGACUGGUAUCCCAGGUUCCUUUUGAAUACAUGCAUAUUGUGUGCCGUGGUGACAUGAAAAAGUUAUUCUCUGCCUGGGUACAUGGCAAGUACACUCGUUCAACAAAAUUAUCCAGAAGACAGAUUGAACUCAUGUCUUCAAGAAUGCAUAUCUUGUGCAAAUAUUGCCCUUCAGAUUUUGCACGACGUCCUAGACCCAUACAAGUCUACCUCAAGUAUAAGGCUACAGAGUUCCGCCAAUUUCUUCUUUACACGGGACCUGUUGUUACAUUUGGUGUGCUGAACGAGGAAGUUCAUUAUCAAGUCGCCAUAUUAAGAUCGCUCUCGGAAGAUUUGUUGUUCGCAGCGAACAAUUAUAUGGGCCAACUUUUAAUUCUUAUAAUAUUCAUGAACUCCUGCAUCUCGCCAAUGAUGUUAGACGUCUUG